AUCAAAUUUUUUAACAAUUAAUUUUAAAUGUAUAGCAUAAACUUAUAAAUGUAGGCCCAAUAGCAUAUUUUAGUAUUGCCCCUAAGGUAUGUCCAAUCUAUGGGUGAUGGAGACACAGAAUCUAUAUCCAGAAAUGGAGCAGAAUUUAAGCAUAGAUACAUUGAUGGUAGCAAAAGAAGAACUUCGAGAAGAUGAGGCUACACGGAAUAAUGCUUUAGUUCAAAUGCGAUUGUGGUUGAAGCAAAAUAAUAAAAUCAUAUACUCUCGCAGUGAUGACAGUUUUCUAUUGAGAUUUCUACGAGCUAAAAAAUUCAGUUUACCUUUAGCUCAAGAAGCUUUAGAACGGUAUUUAUUAUUACGACAAACAUUUGGUCGCCAAUUUGGUUUUUAUCAAUUUGACACUACAUGUCCAAGACUUGAAGAACUUCUGAAAUUGGGAUAUAUAUUUGCAGUCCCAAAACGUGACAAAAACGGUAGACGAAUUAUCAUAACAAGACCAGGAGUCUUUAAUCCAUCAAAAUGGUGCAAUACAGAAAUGACUAGGAUGCAUGCUAUUACAUAUGAAACAUUGUUGGAAGACCAGGAAAACCAAAUUCGUGGUUUUGUACACUACACAGAUGCUGCUGGUAUGUGUUUACAACAAUUGACAUUAUUUACACCAAGAGAAGCAAUUCGAAUUGUUAAAAAUGGAGAGCAAACAAUUCCAAUGCGACACAAAGAAAUAUAUGGAGUAAAUGUACCAUUGAGUUUAAAAUUUGCAUUAGAUUUUGGAUUGUCUUUGAUAUCUGAAAAAAUUAGAAGUCGUGUAAAAAUAUUCAAUUCAAUAAAGGAGAGCCAUGCAUAUAUUGAUCAGUCACUGUUGCCUAAAGAAUAUGGUGGAGAGAUGGAAAUGUCAAAAAUGAUAGGUAAAUUAAUUUUUAAUAACACCAUAAUUUUACAGUCAACAUUUUAUUUAUUUAAACAAAUGAUAGAUUUAUGGAAACAAGAGUUAUUAGAAAAACGAGAACAAAUUCUUAAGAGUGAAAAAAUGUCAGUUAAUGAGGAUAUGUUUAGUGAAGGGGCAAGACAAGGACGAGUAUCAGCGUUGACAAACCAAAGUCACCAUCAUAUGGUUGGUAGUUUUCGUCAACUAACUGUAGAUUAGUUUUCAUAAUUUUGAACAUCACUAUAUAGUUAUUUGAACUUUAAUUUUAUGCAGAAUUUUAACAUUAAAAUGUU